AUGACGGGGUCCGUCAUGCUUCACCUGCCCUGCAACCUCACGGAGGCACCGAAGUCACUACAGCCGGUGGUUGAUCCUAUGCAUAUCCCACAGGGACCGCCUUUUGGUGUCCCGAACCUUCCAUCCAUGCCAAGUGUUGGUGGCAUGAUGCCCGGUGGAACUGGGAUGCCAAACAUGGCUGGGAUGCCUGGUGCGCCAGGUGCCAUGCCGGGUGCCAUGCCAGGUGCCAUGCCAGGUGCAAUGCCAGGUGCAAUACCAGGUGCAAUGCCCACAAUGCCCGGUGCCAUGCCAGCCAUGCCCGGUGCCAUGCCGGGUGCCAUGCCCUCAAUGCCCGGCGCCAUGCCCGGCGUCAUGCCCGGUGCCGUGCCUGGUGCCAUGCCCGGCAUGCCGGGUGGUGCGCCCGGCGCCAUGCCUGCUGCCAUGCCGGGCGCCAUGCCUGGCACCCCAGCAGCUCCAGCAGCCCCAGCAGCAGCCCUGCUUGCCUCAAAGACCAGCGAGCAGGUCGGUGACAGCACCGAGGUGAAAUCCAGGAACCUCCGCGCUGGUGGGGCGGCCUCGGGGCAGCAAUCGGAGGCAAGCCAUGCUGAGAUGACGUGCGAUUGCGAGGACUGA